AUGAGUACGAUUGAGUUGGAAACGGUACCGAAAGAAUUUUCAUCGAUUCGAAACUUUGUUCAAAGGUACAACGAGCUAAGCAAGUACAACCCUGUCAUUGCGUAUUGGUGUUUGUAUUGGGCAGCACAAGUGGGCUUGUCGAGUUCGACGGGGUUAACCAACACUUGUCGGGACUUUUUAUUGAAUUUAGUAGAACGUUUAGAAGAGCUACGAAAAGAGUUGAAUGAAAACGAAAACGUUCAUGACGAAGAAAGCGCAAAGGUGUAUGUAAAUUCGUUUGCUAUGGAGGUGUUAUUACAGGCGGAGGAAAAAAGCAAACAAAACACGCCCGAUAUGUUGGCGUAUCUGGCAGCCAAAGACUUUUUUGAUCUUUUGAAGGUCUGGGGACCUCUGGACGAACAGACUCGGAAAUAUCUCAAGUUUUGUAAGCUUCGCGCAGUGGAGAGUUCAAAGAGAAAGUCGUCUACGAGGGAGGGGUCAGCGGAUGGGAAAAAGGAUGCACCAGCACCAGCACCAGCACCAGCAUCAGCAUCAGCAUCGGAGAAAACACCUGCAUCGACCCAAAUAGACAGAGAGAUGCUGACAAGAGAAUCAGUGAAAUCACCCGAGGUUGAUUUUGAGUCGCUAGGACUAUCUACCACGAUGACCGGUCGACCGUCUUCGAUUGCCCCUUUGGAGCAAAAAGCGUUGGAAAACGAACCUCGAAAGAACACUCAAGCAAAUGCAGGAAAAUCGUUUGACCUUGAUGAGUUGCAAGACUCGUUGUCGAGAUUGACUCCAAGGGAAGUUGAUCGACAACAAGAGGUGGAAAGAGGAGGAGUUUCUAGAGGCAGCCUGCAUGUGCCAUCGCCUGGUCAUGCGAGAUUGCCAAGCGAACAUGCAUCAUUGACGGACCAACGCUCAGAGAGUCUUGAUGAUUCAACCACGGCGGUUUCCUCUUCUCCUAGUUUCCCGGUCAGCCAAAUGCCAUCUCAAUCCUCCAUCGGAUCCUCCACCCUUCCGGCAAUGAGCUCUGGAACAUCCGUGGCUCGAAACGAUUUGAACGACAUUAAUCAUCUCGACAGCAUAGAGGCGGCACGAGGCCAUGCGCGAUAUGCUUACAGUGCCUUGGACUACGACGACACUGCAACCGCCAUCUUUCACUUGAAAAGUGCCUUGGGCUUACUUGAACCUUAG